GUCUCCCAUCCUUUCCCGUCACCCCCGCAGUUCCCCCUUUACCUUCCCUCUUUCCCUCUAUCAUAUUCGCGGUAUAAUGGUCUCUGUCUCUACAAAAACUGUCGUCGUAUUGGGUGCUGCCUACGGAGGCAAUCGCGCAGCCCAGAUGUUGGCUGCUGGUCUUCCCGAGGGAUGGAGGAUAGUCUUAGUGGAUCGGAAUACACACUUCAACCACGUAUAUGUUAUGCCUAGACUUGCAGUACUCCCAGGACACGAACACAAGGCCUUCAUACCAUACACCCGGGUCUUCUGGAAGAACACUCCCCUUCGAGAGGCGCCUCACGUUCUUUUACACGCUCACGUCGUUUCUGUUCACCCUCAUCAUGUUAUGUUAUCAAAGGCCUUCCCCGAACAAGGUAUCCCUACGACGCGAGUUGACUUUGACUACCUCGUCUACGCACUGGGGUCCCAGUUACCUGACCCUCUCAACCUUUGGGGGCCCUUACCUUCAGCCAGCAUCAUCAAGGCAGCAAACCCGUCGUACAAUGGAACGAAGAAGGAUAGCGUUGCGUGGUUGAAGCAGAAUCAGAAGGUGAUUGAAGAAUCGUCGAGUGUGUUGGUUGUGGGUGGGGGUGCUUUAGGUGUCCAGUUUGCUACCGACAUCGCACACAUUUACCCGUCAAAGUCUGUUACCCUGUUACACUCCCGUCAUCGUCUGAUGCCGUUGUACGAGGAGGAGUUCCAUCUUGAUAUUCUCAAAGGCCUCGAGUCUCUCAACGUCAAUGUCAUCCUCGGUGAACGAUUAGACAUGGGUUCAGUCAGGGAUGAGCCUGUCAAGCUCAACGAACUAGGCCAACGAGUCGUUAGAACUGUGAAAGGAAGGGAACUGGCUGCUGAUUACAUCAUGCUAUGUACUGGCCAAAAGCCCAACACGGAAAUACUCAAGGUUAUGGACGAUUCUACGAUCAACCCCAGCAACAACCUGGCGUACGUCCUCCGUACGAUGCAACUGGGAGCACUUUCGGCCUCCAAGGUGUCAUCACCCAAAGUCGCUUCAAGUAGUCCAACGCCUCCUCCUGCUACUGCUGCUGGAGCAGCAGCCGAUACCCCAGACGCACCUGCAUCACCUGCUCAGUCACAGUCACCCGAAGAACAGCUCAAAGCAGCCUUGGAGAAGAUUUCACUCGCAGAGAAAGAGGCUCUCGAAAACGGGGAGGAAGAGUCUGAUGAGGAGGUGCGCAGCGGAUCGGAAGAUGGAGGAUCUGUAUCAUCUGAACAAGGGGAAGAGAAAGAGAACGGGACUUGGACGCCUUACCCACAUAUGUUCUGUGUUGGAGACUCUGCUGAUGCGUUUGAUGCUAUCAAGGCUGGACAUACGGCGUAUUGGCAGGGGGAAGUUGCGGGGAGGAAUAUUGUUCGGCUUGUUAAGGGAGAGGAGCCUUUGGAGGAGUAUUAUCCUGGAUUGCCUGCGAUUAAGGUGUCUUUGGGAUUGCGCAAGGCGGCGUUCUCGGUACGAGGUGUUGUAGGCGUCAAGGAUGACGGUGUAGAUGAUCUCCAUGCACCGAUGAUAUGGACUUCUUGGGGAUAUGAGAUUAGUUCUGAUAAGGAUUUCGAGGCGUAAAUAUCCUGUUAUUCGUCCUUGUCUAUGUUGGGGAUGUCAAAAAUAUAGAAUGAUUAACAGAAUUUCCAGCAGUUCGCGUGCAUUUGGUCAUUCAUGUCAAUGUUAUAAUUACGAUUUAUUGUAUUUUCGCCG